AUGGCCAACUCUCUGUCCAACUGUGUCCGUGUGCUAGUCUUUGUGCAUGUGCAACGUGUGCGCGUGUUGGGAGUUGUGCACGAUCAGCCCGUGGGCCACCUUCAUUUGCGCAAACGAUCCCUAGCCGUCUUCGUCCGGCGUGCAUCACGAUUGCAGAUGGGCCUCUUCCAGGCUUUGAACGUGGGGUUCUUGGUUGCAGUCGCUACGGCCCAAGCAACUCUACCUUGCAGCCUUGAUACAAGCCUCUGGACCGUUGCUAGUAGCGAAGACGCGGUUACUCUAGCAACCUUGCUUCGAUGUUCGGACGGCGAUUUCGCCGUGCAGUGGGUUGGAGAAGUGAUCGUUACAGAAACAAUCCGUGUCACAAAUGGCACAUCGCUCAACAUCACUGGGGACGGAUCUGGUGCAACCGCGAAUGGCGACCACACGACGCAGCUAUUCGUCGUGGAAGGGGGAUCUUCGAUGCACUGCACGGAUAUGACGUUCGCCAAUGGUAACGCUUCAUCCGGUGGGGCGAUGUUUGUUGGUGAAUCCAGUGUUAGGUUUAGCGGCGCCACAGCUUUCACGGGGAACGUUGCUACGGAUGACACGACCGAUGAUGGUGGUCACGGAGGUGCGAUUUUCGCGGCAUAUUCAACGUUGGUUUUCGACGGUAGUGGGGAUGCCACGCUUACCACCAACUCCGCGUCCAGGGAUGGAGGUGCAAUCUAUGUCCUUUGGUCUGACAUUUCCUGGGAAAGUAGCGAGAGUAACGUCUUUUCCGACAACGUUGCUGAUCGUAAUGGAGGUGCGAUCUACACGCACGGAUCGACCGUGUCUUGGGACGGUGACGGCACCCAUUUAAGCUACAACUCGGGCACCCUCGGCGGUGCGGUCUACGCGUAUGAUUCGACCGUGUCGUGGAAUGGCGACGGCACAUAUCUUACCUCCAAUUCGGCCAACGACGGAGGCGCGAUCUACGCAGAUGCUUCGACCGUAUCCUGGGAUGGCGACGCCACAGAGUUUAGCCACAACUCCGCGGAUUCGCAAGGAGGUGUUAUCCACGCUGCGCCUGGUUCAACAGUGUACUGGGAUGGUGACGGCACGAAGUUUAGCUUCAACUUGGCGUAUUCGGACGGAGGUGCAAUCUACACACACCUUUCAACAGUGUACUGGGAUGGUGACGACACAGAGUUCACAAACAAUUACGGAGGGCAAGGAGGUUCGAUCCGCGCGUAUGACUCAAACAUGUCCUGGAUUGGUGACGGGACACAAUUCAGCUCUUCUUCAAGCUCAGAAGGAGGUGCAAUGUAUGUGACCCGUACGAAUCUGUCCUGGGAUGGAAACGGGACUCACUUUAGCAAUAUCUCGGCGAGUUUUGCCGGAGGUGCGAUUCGCGCAGGCGACUCGAUAUUGUCCUGGCAUGGUGAGAUGACGUUCUUCAGCAACAACUCCGCUUCAGACGACGGGGGCGCGAUCAAUAUGGAUUCUGCAGGAAGCCUGUGGUGCGAUGGGAACACAAUCUUUAGCAACAACAUUGCUGGCGGAGACGGCGGCGCUCUAUCGGUGAUUCUCGUGCAAGCGCAAGAUUAUCUUAUUCCAGUCGUCCACAUGUCCGGUGGUGCAUUCGUUGGGAACACCGCCGCAGGGGACGGGGGUGCUACAUAUAUAUCCGACAUUGAGGAUCGUUAUAACUUCGAAGACAUCACAUACGAAUCCAACUCGGCAACCAACGGCGGUGCAGUGGCGGCUUCCAGAGCUGAAGCCACUGGAACGUUUUCGAGGUGUAGCUUCCUGGGCAACACGGCGAGCAAGAACGGUGGUGCUGUGGAAACCUUCGACGGGUCGGAACAGUUUACCUCCUCGCUCUUCAAGGGUAACUCAGCAGAUUGCGCUGUGUGCGGAGACGGCUACUCUCCAUCGCUCGCUCACACUUGUACGCGAUGCUCAAGGUCAAGGCGCCAGGGACUCAUGGUCGCCACGGUAUUCGCCGCGCUUAUUGCGGUCUGUGCAACUGUGGCAACGUUCCGAUAUUUGUUGUCGACGGAAUUCGAAGAGAGAAACAUUGGCUGCUUCCAUCGCAAGACAUUUCAAGCCAUACCCCUUCAGUCCUUCAAGAUCAUCAUCGUCGUGUGGCAGAUUUUGACACAGUUCGCAGCCGCAGCCAACGUCACCUACCCGCGCGUGUACCAGGACUUUCUGAGCGCUAUCGACGUCAUCAACGUCGACCUUGGUUCCAUGAUUUCCGCCGGGUGCUUGUGGUCUGGCAUCGACUUCCACGAUCGGCUCCUUGUCAGUACAAUCGCGCCUUUGCUUGCGAUUGGGAUGCUGGCUUCGACGUACUUGGUCGCGUUACGUAGGAACGCCACGGCCGGCCACGCUAUUAUAGAAAUUAUACGUCACAAGCACGUAACGGUUUUGCUCUUCGUGACGUUUUUGGUGUACUCCUCGGUAUCAUCAAUGGUGUUCCAAACGUUCGCUUGUGACUCCCUUGACGACGGCAACAACUACCUCCGGGCCGACUACAGGAUUUUGUGCACGACUUCCAAACACCUGGCUCUUCAAGUGUAUGCAGGCGUCAUGGUCGUUGUGUACCCAGUGGGCAUCCCCCUCCUGUACGCCAUUCUGUUGUUUCAACAUCGUGAUAUUUUGGCCAAUGCCAGUGCAGACAAGGCGGGAGCUCAGCCGAUUGCCAGCCUGUGGGAGGCGUACAAACCCGAGCGCUUCUAUUACGAGGUAAUCGAGUGCGGACGCCGUAUCAUGCUCACGGGCGUCGUCGUGUUCAUAUACCCUAAUGAUGCGGCUCAAAUUGCGAUCACCAUUUUGAUUGCCGUCUUUUUCUUCGCGGUUUUCGAUAUUUUGUCCCCAUACACAUCUGAGUUCGACAUGUGGCUUUCGCGUGGGGGUCAAGUCGUUGUGUUCCUGAGCAUGUUCGACCUGUUGUUGCUCAAGGUGGAUGUAUCCCACGAACGCAGUCAGAGUCAGCAGGCUUACGCUGGAGUGCUUGUGGCAGGCCACGUGUUGAUGUUUCUCGCUAUUUCAGCCGAGGUGGUUGGCAUCUGCUACGCAUCCAGGAGGAACAGAGUUAUGGAGGAAGACAAGGCGUUCUUGAGCUUUCCCGGGUUGAGGGCGCGUGCAACAUCGAACGAAACCCCUGUGUUUUUGAGGUCUCCUGCAUCGUGA